AUGGCUGCUACUAGGUUGGACGGUACAGCAAUUGCGAAGAAGAUCCGGGAGAGACUCGCAGCUGAGAUAGUCGAAAAGCAAAAGUCUAAUCCGAAGUACCAGCCAUGUCUCAAGAUUAUCCAGGUCGGUGAUCGAUCUGAUUCAUCGACCUAUGUCCGAAUGAAGCUCAAGGCCGCUCAGGAGGCAAAUAUUACCUGUGAACUUCUUCAUUUCCCUGAGGAUAUCACCGAAGCAGAACUCUUGGCACAGUUGCAUGUCCUGAACAAUGACCCUGCAGUACAUGGAGUCUUGGUCCAAUUGCCACUCCCUAAGCAAAUCGAUGAGUAUACCAUCACUUCUGCAGUUGCAGAUGAGAAGGAUGUCGAUGGUUUCGGUACCACCAACAUAGGCGAGCUUGCCAAGAAGGGUGGCCACCCAUUCUUCGUCCCCUGUACUCCCAAGGGAGUCAUGGUCCUCUUGGAGGAAGCAGGUGUUGAUCUCAAGGGCAAGGAUGCUGUAGUCCUAGGUCGAAGCGACAUCGUUGGAAGCCCAGUGAGCUACCUGCUCAAGAAUGCCGAUGCAACUGUCACUGUCUGCCACUCUAAGACCCAGGGCGUCGAAGAGAAAUUGAAGAAUGCAGACAUUGUUGUUGCUGCUAUUGGCCAGCCUGCCUUCGUAAAAGGAGAAUGGCUUAAACCGGGUGCCGUUGUUAUCGAUGUCGGUACAAAUUACAUCCCUGAUGCAUCCAGGAAGUCCGGCCAACGGCUGGUAGGCGAUGUCGAAUUUGAAUCGGCUUCCCAGGUGGCUUCGUUCAUUACGCCAGUUCCUGGCGGUGUCGGUCCCAUGACUGUUGCCAUGUUGUUGCAAAACGUCGUUGAUUCUACUUCGAUGUACUUCGAUCGGCAAAAGAAGAGACGCAUAGUCCCUCUUCCUCUCAACCUACGCACCCCUGUCCCCUCAGAUAUCGAGGUCUCGAGAUCACAGCAACCGAAGCCAGUUACCCGAGUAGCGGAAGAAGUUGGUAUUGCGCAUCACGAGUUAGAGCCUUACGGUGCAUACAAAGCCAAGGUCGAUCUUAGCCUAUUGAAGCGAUUGGAGCAUCGUCGAGAUGGCCGUUAUGUUGUCGUAACUGGUAUUACUCCUACUCCUCUAGGCGAAGGAAAAUCUACCACAACCAUGGGUCUAGCACAGGCUCUAGGAGCGCACUUGGGUCGGAUAACAUUCGCCAACGUCCGACAGCCUAGCCAAGGUCCUACAUUUGGCAUCAAGGGAGGUGCAGCUGGCGGCGGAUACAGUCAGGUCAUACCCAUGGAUGAGUUCAAUCUUCACUUGACCGGAGAUAUUCAUGCUAUUACAGCAGCUAACAACCUUCUCGCCGCUGCUAUCGAGACACGUAUGUUCCACGAGAAUACGCAGAAGGAUGGUCCUCUCUACCGAAGACUUGUGCCUGCAAAGAACGGGAAGAGGAAUUUUGCACCUGUCAUGUUCCGACGACUAAAGAAGCUAGGAAUCGACAAGACUGAUCCUAAUGAACUUACCGAGGACGAAAUUCACCGAUUUGCCAGGUUGGAUAUUGACCCAGAAACUAUCACCUGGCGACGCGUACUCGAUGUUAACGAUCGUCACUUGCGUGGCAUCACUGUUGGUGUCGCACCGACCGAAAAGGGACAGAGUCGAGAGACCGGAUUCGAUAUCUCCGUUGCUAGUGAAUGUAUGGCUAUUCUAGCGAUGAGUACAAGCCUCGCAGAUAUGCGAGAAAGACUAGGCCGAAUGGUUGUUGCCACGUCAAGAUCAGGAGACCCGGUCACUUGUGAUGAUCUCGGAGCUGGAGGUGCAUUGACGGCUCUCAUGAGAGAUGCCAUCAAGCCCAACUUGAUGCAGACGUUGGAGGGCACACCUGUCUUUGUGCACGCUGGUCCUUUCGCCAACAUUAGCAUCGGAAACAGCUCUAUUCUUGCCGACAAGAUGGCACUCAAGUUGGCCGGUACCGAACCUGAUGAGGACCACAAUGCCAAGGCCGGAUUUGCCGUAACUGAGGCUGGCUUUGACUUUACUAUGGGAGGCGAGCGUUUCUUCAACAUCAAGUGCCGUGCUUCGGGUCUGGUUCCAGAUGUCGUCGUUAUCGUUGCCACAGUUCGUGCCUUGAAGGUUCACGGUGGUGGCCCACCCAUCGCCCCUGGCGCACCUCUAAACUCUGUCUACAAGGAAGAGAACGUCGAAAUCCUACGAAACGGUUGCGUGAACCUUAAGAAGCACAUUGAGAACGCUAAGUCAUAUGGCUGCCCGGUCGUCGUGGCCAUCAACAAGUUUUCCACUGACACCGAUGCUGAAGUUGCUGUCGUGAGAGAGGAAGCUAUUGCUGCCGGUGCCGAGGACGCCAUCCUGGCCAAUCACUGGGCUGAAGGCGGAAAGGGUGCUAUCGGCCUUGCCAAGGGAGUAAUCGCUGCUUCUGAAAAGCCAAAGGAUUUCAAGCUGCUGUACGAUGUAAGCGAGGGUACUAUCCAGCAGCGCAUGGAAGCAAUCUGCCAGAAGAUGUACGGCGCCGCAGCUGUCGAGUUCAGCGAACUUGCUCAGAAGAAGGUCGACACGUACACGAAACAGGGCUUCGGUAACCUCCCCAUCUGCGUUGCCAAGACGCAGUACUCGCUCUCUCAUGACCCAGAUCUUAAGGGUGCACCGACCGGCUUCACUGUCCCGAUUAGGGAUGUGAGGAUGGCCGCAGGUGCUGGUUAUCUGUAUGCUCUUGCUGCCGAUAUCCAAACGAUUCCGGGAUUGCCUACCGCCCCUGGAUACUUGAACGUUGACGUCGAUACUGAGACGGGCGAAAUUGAUGGACUUUUCUAA